GUCAAAUAAAAAGUGAUGUACCGAAAGGGCAAAAUGGCGUUUUUUGUUGGUGAUGAAUUUUAGGAGAAAUUAGUUUUGUAAAAAGUUAAUAUAAAAUAAAUUUUCUUGUAGUUUUAAAUGAUUAAUAAAAUGAAAUAUAGUUUAAAGAUUAAAGUGAUGCAAACGUAUUGAAGGAAAAUGUGAUAUUGUAUUCAGAAAAGGCAAUUAAAAAAGGAAUUUUCGUGGACGCCCUCAAUAUUAUCUCUCACACUCCCCUUGAAUAAACAAGCAACAACAACAGCAUUGUUGCGAUUCACAAGUAGAACUUGUCAAAUGCAGUUUUUGCAGCACAUAAAAUGAAAAUAACAACAACUGAACAAGUGACGGGGCAAAAAUUCGUGGCAAGAAAGGAAAAUGUAAUGUGAAUUGUGAAAAGUGAAAAUCGAUCUUAAUUUUUCAUAAAUCAUACUUUUUCAUAACAAAUAAUAAUUUAUUGUGAUAAGACAUAUUUAUAUACAUAAUAUAUGCCUAUUGUUGCCAUAAAUAUGUAUUCGCGAGGCAUACAUUGAUAGACGAAGAACAUUAAGGCCAAUAAUAAAAACGACAAAUGCAUUUCGCUUCACUGGAGCGAUAAGUUGUAAACGAAUAAUUUGAGUGGUCUGCUGCACUACUAUUAUCGUUAGUGGCACCAACAUACCAUUUGACGUGCAACAAGCACGCGAUCAACGCUGCUUUAAGCGCCAGUCCUCAAUAUCAAUGACUUAUAUAAAGUCCGUCGAGUGCAUAAAUAGAAUAGAGCUCAAAUUGGUGCAUUAAAAGUCAUUGCACCCGGCCAUGGAAUUGAAAGUUUGGGUGGAAGGUAUUCAACGGAUCGUAUGUGGAGUUACAGUGAACACAACAUGUCAGGAUGUGGUAUUUGCGCUGGCGCAUGCCACUGGGAAAGUGGGACGCUUUACACUCAUUGAACGUUGGCGCAACAAUGAGCGCUUGCUGGCGCCAAAUGAAAAUCCGCUUAAAUUAUUACUGGAAUGGGGUGAAUAUGCCAAUGAUGUUCAAUUUAUACUGCAACGUUCGGAAAAUAAACAACAACAACCAUCCACACAACGUGUAGAUAAUUCUGUAGUGAAUAGCAAUAACAGCAGUAACACUAGUAAUGCAGCUGUGAUGUUGAGAAAGCCUUUAGGCUUAAGCAAUAACAAUAGCAAUAGUCAUAAUAAUGUUAAUAAUAACAACAACACCAAUAGUAACUACAAUCCACAGCAAACAAAGCCACCACAUCUGAACAACCUAGAUACAAAUUUGAAUAUAUCGCCACAACUUGAAAAACCACGUGAAUUGAAGAAAAAAAGUUUUGGUGCUCACGAUGCAAAACGUAUAGAAAACAUAGGUAUUGUCAAAGGUAUACCACAACGUCAAAAUAAUAAUAGUGGCAAUAGCAACAGCAAUUCUAACAACAAUUUAAAUAAUGAACAACGAAAUGUACUGUUACAAAAUUCCUCACCCACAAACACGAAUUCACCACUUUCGCCGCACCUCGCGCGUAUCUCACGUUCACCUACUACAACAACUGACAAUAACAACUCGACAGCUUUACCUCAUUUUAUUCCGCGUCACGAAAAAUCUCAUUCGAAUCCCACUGAAAUGCCUCGAAUGCACACAAAUGCAUUUACCGAUGGUGCUGGAUAUUUCCAUGACUCUCAGCAAAUAAACAAUGACGGCAACAACAAUAAUAAUAGCAAUAAUAUAUAUCAACAAAUCGGUGCACAGAAUAGCAAAUCAAUCAAUGAAAUUAAUUUGGCUGUUGUGCGUGAAUCACUGGAUCGUCGCAUAGCCGCCAACAGUCCGGACGUGCUAUAUGCCACACCGCAUAGCAAUAACUUUAACAACAACAAUAGCAGUAAUAGCUGUAGCAGUAGUAGCAGUGAAAAUUUCCUUGAUAUAUACAAUGGCAAUGUAAAUAGGAGUGGCGGCGUUGGUGGUGAUAUGCCACCGGAUUUGCUGUAUAAAAAUGCGCCAACCAUUUCAGCAAAUGGAGCGCUGGUGCCACCACCUUACCGCGAUCCGCCACCACCCCGCAACAGCCCAUUACAAUUGCAACAGCAACAACAACAGUUUCACACACAACAAUUUUUACCGAAUAGUAUGGGCACGGCAUCUGUGAACAACAAUUUUACCGAUUACAGCAAUAUUGGCGAUUAUGAUGUGGACUUUCAGCGUUUAGCUGAUAGUGGCGGCAGCGGUAACAUUGGUGGUGGUGGUGGCAGUGGCGGCAGUGUGGGUAGUAUUGAGGAGAGCGAGAGCAUCUUCCAGGCAACACAGUAUAAUGAUUUAUUACAGCUGAUUAAAUUCCAACGCGAAAAGAUAUCAGCACAACAAUUGGAAUUGAGUAAAUAUGAUGCUGAAAUAGUUUAUUUGGAAACGAAAGAGCGAGAUCAAGCGCAGGAGCUUGAAGCGAUUUCGCGUGAAAUCACUAAAGCAGAUCAGAUAUUUCGACAGGGUAGUGAGCAGCUGCAAACACUACAGUAUGUAGAGGAAGAGAAUGAGCUGGUGAAGCAGCAGGAGAAAACAUUAAAAUCCGAAAUUGCUUUAUUGCGCUCGAAAUUAGCAAAUUGCGAAACUGAAUUGUUGCAAUGCAAAAACAAAAUACGCCUAUUGAUGAACGAUAUUGAGGUGGAGCAGCGCAGCAAUGCUACCAAACAGAAAGCAAAUAGACAAAAUGUUGAACGCGAUUUUCUCAUGGAGAUGGAGCGCAUACAAAGCGAAAUCGAUCAAGCUAUACACAACACAGAUACGUCUAAUAAGACUGCUGAGAAUUUGAAAAAAGAAAUUUUGUUAAUUGAAAAUGCGAUCACAGAGAAGAAAAGACAAGUGGAGCAAUUGGUUAAUGAAAUGAAGGAAGUAAAUCUACAAAGCCUCACUGUAACAACAUCCGAUGAGAUCAAACACUUUUUAGAAGGUUCCAAUAAACCCGGUAGCAGUCGUCGCAUAAUCGGCUCACCAAGACAAUUAGAAAAUGCAGUGCCGACCAGCAAGAAUCCACAUGGUGUUUGGGUAUAAUUGUAGCACGGAAUAUGUCACAGUAAUUUACUAAUCUGCUUGUAAUGCGCUCUUAAAAAGAGUUUUACGUAUCGAAAGUUAUCCAGAUCGAUACAUUCACAUAGUUAAAAAAAUAU